AUGGCGACGACCCAAGACCGCAUCGCGGUGCUCGCGCACCCGCACGAACUGGCCGAGCUCGAGCGUCCGCGCACGCACGCUUCCGUCGUCGACGUCGUUGUCUCGGGCGACUCAGACGACGCCAAGGACGAGAAGAUCGACACGCUGUCCGUCGCGCGCUCCGACAUCCCGCACCAGGUGACGGACACGCCCCUGCAUCUGCGCCUGAUUGCGCUUUCGAUGAUCUUAUUCUUCACGACUGGCGCCGCCUUUGCCGAGUCGACGCUGGGCCCGCUGAAGAGCACGUUUGUCAAAGAGCUCAAGAUCAACAAUGCCCAGUUUGCGUCCAUCUCGACUGCGAGCAAUCUCGUCAACACUGUCCUGCCCCUGAUCGGGGGCACGGUCAUGGACUACUACGGGAGCAUCUACGGGUCGUGGCUCGCGACCGUGAUUGCGCUGGACCUGGCGUGGAACAGUGUGACGGUCGUCAUUGCGCGCGUGUCCGCUGUGCCGAUGAGCAAGCUCGGCCCCAACGGGGGCUGGUACGGGUGGGCGCUCUGGAUCCCGACCAUAGUGUGUGCGGCAUGCACGCUGCUCGUGAUCGCGUAUGUGAUUUUCGAGCGCCGCUUCGUGCCCCCGCAAUACAGGCCCAUCACUGGUCGCGAAGUCGAGCAGAAACGCCGCGAAGCCGGGCUGGGCAAGACGACCAUCCUCCAGCGCAUGCGUACCAGUGUCCUGAAUGUCCUGCGGUUGCCCGUCUUCUACCUCAUGCUGGCUGGCACGCACCUGUUCCAAAACAGCGCGAGGACAGUGUAUUCCGCCAACCUGACAGAUAUCCAGGAACGCACCCGGGGCACGACAGCGCUCACGGGGGGAUACUACUCGUCCCUCCUCAAUGUCAUUGUCAUCGUCGUCGUGCCCCUCCUCGGCAUCUUCUUCGACAAGGUCGGCUGGCGCAUGCCCUUCGUCUCGAUCGGGGCCGCCAUCUAUGUCGUCGCGUUCGCGCUCAUCGGCCUCACCAAAGUGAACGCCAUUGCGCCAAUCUUGCUCGCGUCUUUCGGUCUGUCACUCAAUGUCCUGCCCUGGAUCGCAUCCUUCCCAAUCCUGGUGCCCGACCCCACGCUGAUUGGCACGGCGUACGGGCUCUUCUCGAGCCUCAUCGCUUGCAACAAUGUCAUCCUCGAGGUCGCUUGUGGUGCUAUCCAAGACGCCACCCCCGGCCAGACGUACGACCGCGUCAUCUACCUCCUGAUUGCGAUCAAGGCGUGGCAGGUGCUCGAGGGCCCCGUAUUUGACUGGCUUGACGGCAAGAUGCUCGGCCACACACUGCGUAUGUCCGAGAAGCAGCGAUUGCACUUUGACGAAGAGUGCGAGGAGACGGGCCGCGUGCUGCCUGGUCUGAAGCGGUGCCGGCCCGUCACGAUCAUCGUCGCGUGCCAGAUGCAGACUUUAGAGCUUUCCCAUGAGUGA